GUAGAAUGUCAUUAGAAUCAUCCUUAAUAUCUAAUUUCAGAAGCUUCAUCGGAGGCUGAUGGGUUGUAGAAACAGAUGAGUGUUGUCGCUACUAAGUAGGUAGGUACCUAUCAUUGGUACCCGUCGAAUUGGCAAUCCAUGAUGGUGAAAUCGGCACUGAGCUUCCGUAUGUUCAGAUUCUGCAGUUGCUUUUGAUCAUCUUUCUGUAGGUGAAGAAGGUUUUCUGGGCUUCGUUGGAGGAAAGAGGAAGAUUCGAGUCUAGAAAACUUUCACAAGAAAAGCUAAUGAAGAGAAAAUUUCUAUCUUUACGCUAGCAGCAGCUAGAUCUUCACUUGUAUGUGGUCAAUGCGCUGCUCAAGUUCGGUCAUCAGAAAAUCCGUCGAAAAGUGGGGUCAUAUUUUGGGUGCCCGCACCUUUUUCGGCCUGUACCCUAAUUCACUAAGCGAGCCUACCAAAAUUAAAUCUUCAAUUCUUCUCUUUCGCAAUCUUCUCAAUACAAAUCCAACGACAAUCGACAUCAAGGUAGCAACUCAACAACACAGUUGCCCAUCAUGUCGCUCGUCUCAGGAGAGAAGACGAACUUCCAGUUCAUCUUGCGUCUUCUAAACACGAACGUCGAUGGAAAGGAGAAGGUCAUGUACGCCAUGACCCGAAUUAAGGGUGUUGGUCGACGAUACUCCAACUUGGUCUGCAAGAAGGCCGAUGUCGACCUAAACAAGCGCGCUGGUGAACUUACCUCCGAAGAGCUUGAGCGAAUCGUCACUAUUCUCCAGAACCCUACCCAGUACAAGAUCCCCGCGUGGUUCCUCAACCGACAGCGCGAUAUCACCGACGGCAAGAGCUACCAAGUCCUCGCGAACGGUGUCGACUCCAAGCUACGUGAUGAUCUCGAGCGCCUAAAGAAGAUCCGCGCUCACCGUGGUCUCCGACAUUACUGGGGCCUACGUGUCCGUGGCCAGCACACAAAGACGACUGGUCGUCGCGGCCGGACCGUCGGUGUCUCCAAGAAGAAGGGUGGUUAAAAGGUUUACUGGCGGAGGCAUGGUUUCAUUGGUUCAGAUCAUUCAUCGUGGAUGGACAGGCGUGAAGGCUGGACUGAAAUUACUGCAUCGACGUUUCUACUGAAUUACAUUGCACUUGGGGAUUUUUCGGACUCGGCAAGUCAUAGGUGUACUCUAAAAAGCAAAGAGACAUCGUUGUGACCAACACUUUAAACU